AUGGCAUACUCUGCUGCUGAGUUCAUCGAUACUGUCAUCCGUGGUUUACAACAACAAGGAGGAGACUACCAGCAACAGAAGAAGGCCACGCCGUCUGCCUGCGCCUACGUCAACUGGCCUUAUCAAGGGUGUGAGUUCUUCGCCCAGGUUACCAGCUUUGGUCCCGAGGGUAUCGAAGGUGUACAGCCGAUCGACAACUUAAGUCCAUUUGAAGAAAAGAGGAUGAUCGAAACUGUCAAUAAGGUGAAGGGAGAUGUGGAGAAAGGUAUGGCUUACGUUGAGGCCCACCAGAAUUAA